AUGCUUAUUUUAAACAGUCUAUUAAUACUUUAUGGAGUGCUUAGUGUGAAGGGACAUGAGAGUGGACAAAUCCCUUUAUUAGCUAAAGUACCUGUCAUUUCGAACCGACCUGUUUUACAAGAAGGUGGAUACGUGCCCUCCUUUGCUGGUAUCUCUACAUUUGCUCAUUUGCCCUAUCUCGAUUGCUGGGAUAAGGACCUCCCUGAGGAAGAUUACGAUAUUGCCAUCAUGGGGGUCCCCUAUGAUAUCGGCGUUACCUUUCGAACAGGAGCUCGUUUUGGUCCCUCUGCUAUUCGAGAAGGGUCCAAACGCAUCAAGGUACACGAACGAAAAGCCACGGGGGGAUAUAAUCUUGAAGUGGGUGUAAAUCCAUUUAAAUCUUGGGCCAAAUCAGUUGAUUGUGGUGAUGUCCCCUUUGAGCCAUUUGACAGUCAACAUGCACUCUCCCAAAUUGAGGCCUAUACAGGUUACAUCUUAUCUCGUCCUGGUCUUCAUGUUCCUCGUCUGAUCACUUUAGGUGGAGAUCAUACGAUUCUUUUACCCGUGCUAAGAGCCAUGUCAGUUGCUCACGGUCGACCUCUGUCGGUCAUUCAUUUUGACUCGCAUCUGGAUACGUGGGCGCCCGAGAUUUACAAUGUAAAGGCGAAAGGGUCUCAAUAUAACCAUGGCAACCCAUUGUAUCAUGCAUCCAAGGAAGGCUUGAUUGCUCACGGUUCCAGUUUACAUGUGGGUAUACGAUCCAGUUUGUAUGAAGAGCAAGAUAUUGGGCGCGAUGAAGCGUUAGGAUUUCAUAUCAUUAAAGCCAAUGAUAUUUUUGAUUUGGGGCUGGAGGGGAUCGCCCGACGUAUGAAAGAGGUGCUGGGGCCCAAGCGUGAUGCACUUGUUUAUUUGUCUGUUGAUAUUGAUGUGAUUGAUCCAUCGAUGGCACCAGCUACAGGAACACCUGAGACGGGUGGAUUCUUGACAAGGGAGAUGCGAUACCUUCUCCGUAGUCUGGAUGGGUACAAUAUUGUGGGGAUGGAUCUAGUGGAAGUUGCCCCUGCAUAUGACACUCAAGCGCAAUUGACUAGUUUUUUGGCAGCUGAUUUGAUAUAUGAAACACUUUCGAUGAUGGUCAAGUAUGGUGAGACUGUCAAUUAA